UAUUACGAGUAAAUUACAAUAAACAAAUACAGUGAAAAGCGAUCCAAAAAAGUAAAACCACACAAAGCAAAGCUAAAGUAAGCACACGCAAGGUAAACGAAAAAUAAAACUGCCGGCGACGAAGGCGCGAGUGUGCAUACAUACAUACAUACAUACAUAUAAGUUGUGCAAAAAAUCUGUUGAAUGCGCGAGUAUCUAUUUUUGCCGGCGAAAUAACGCAGCGCGUACGGGAGUGCUAGUGCGUGAGCGCAACAACGAGGCGGCUGAGGGUCAAGUGUGCGUUUAGUGUGAAAGUGAAAUGAUGAAAAAGUAAAAAAGAGUGCAAGUUUGAUAAAAAAAAAAUAAAAAAGGCAAACAAAAGUUGAGCUAACGUCAGCUGGCAAAUCUAAUAAACAAGGUAACUUCUAAAUAAAUUUUUUUGCAAAAAAAAUCUCCAACAAAACUCCAACUCAACCAACAAAUAUGUCAGCCAACAUCUUUAAAAUGCUGCUGCUGUUCCUUGCAGCUGCUUGCCUCUGCAACGCGGCACCCUCACCUGAACCAGCACCCGAACCACAACCACAACCGCAACCGGAACCUGCACUCUUUAGCAGCUAUAAUCCCGCAUUCAUAUCGAAUCCAUCCAUUUAUACCUAUACAUUGGCGGAACAGCGGCCAAAGCAAACGCAAUUGAAACAACAAAAACAACAGCAACAACACGCAAAUACUUUGCUGAGCAAUGAUAUUGAAUAUAAUGGCAAUGACAACAGCAACAAUAACAACAACAAAAAUUAUUACAAUUAUGCCAGCAACAAUAAUAAUGUGCCGUUUAGUUCGAGCGAGUCGGCAGCCUCUCCGCCUUCUUCUGCGAGUAAUCGCAAUUUUUACUACACUAAUGCCAAAUUUAGUGGCACUCCUACAACUGCAACACCCACUCAACCAUUGCCGGUGAGUGGUUGUCAGUUAGAUCGUUUAGCCGUUUAUAAGGUUGUAUUGCACACCUAUUGGACGCGCGAUUUAUUCCCGAAACACUAUCCGGACUGGAGGCCCACAGCGCAAUGGACGAAAACUAUAGGCCGCACGCACGACUCAUCUUAUGCGCUCUAUCACAUCGGCCAACAGGCUACAGCGGGUGUUAAGCAAUUUGCUGAAACAGGCAAGAGUGAUCUGCUGGACAGUAUUGCUGGCGAACAGCAACAACAACAAAUGCAACAACAACAACUGUUUGAACAGCAAAAUGCCGCAAACGGAAAUUCAUUUGUCGGCUUUGUAUCAACGGCCACAGCGAACAUAAAGAAAAAUGGGGGUGGCGGUGCUGCUGGUGUGGGUGUUGGUGUUGGUGAACGCAGCGUUUUCGACGAAUUCAACAUACCGGCAGUGCUGACGGGCGAUGGCCGACAGGAGACAAAAUUCUUUGUGGACAGCAAUCACAGUCUAGUAUCACUAAUGACGCGCAUUGUACCAUCGCCCGAUUGGUUUAUCGGCGUCGAUUCGUUUCAGCUCUGUGUCGGCGGCUCUUGGAUUGACACUGUUACCGUCGAAAUGGAUCCACUGGAUGCGGGCACCGAUAAUGGUUUCACAUUUACUGCGCCCAAUUGGCCAACAUCGCCACAAGGUGUCAUCUAUCGCAUCACAUCACGCUAUCCAGCACAUCCAGCGAGUAGCUUCUUCUAUCCAAAGAGCAAACGAUUGCCGCCAAUAGCGACAUUUCAAUUUAUUAAGUUGAAGGAGUACGAGCUAAGUGAAGUUUUCAACUUUGCCGAAGAUGAUCGCAAAUAUGAGACGGUUAAGACGCAAACGCACUUAGAAGCUGAACAUGACUCAACCAUCACUAAUAAUGAACUUUCGGCGAGCAUUGAACGUGAACGUCAAAAUGAAAUAUCAGCACAACCGACAUCGGUGACGGAAAGAGAUCGUAUACGAUCGCAAUUGUUGGCGAAAAUGAAUCCUGGCUACAACAGCAACAGCAGCAGCAACUCCGCCUCCAGCGGCAGCAACGCGAAUGUAGUGCCGAAAAAUGAUAAAAAUGCCAUCAUGCAAAACAUUGCCAACAGUUAUCGCCGCUCGGGGGCUAGCUACAAUACCUCAGCCUCCAGCUCAUCUGCCACUGCAAUCUCCGCAGGCGUCUCCUCCACCUCCUAUGCCGCCACCAAUUGGUUAGGGCCGGUGCCGAAGCGUCGCCGCACGAAAUCACGUACGAAGUCACGCGAUUGCCGCGUCAGCCACUGGUCCGAGUGGUCGGCCUGCAGCAAAACUUGCGGCAUCGGUGAGAUGCAUCGAUAUCGCAAGGUCAUCAGGCAUGGCAAGCGUGGCGGACGGCCAUGUCCAGCGCUGCAAGAGUCCAAGUGGUGCGGCACGGAGAAGGGUUGCCACUCGCCGGCGACCUACUUCAAUUGGUCCACUACAUGAAGGACGCAGAGAAAACAAGCGUAGUUCGUAACGUAAGCGUAUGAUUUCUUUUACAAAAAAAAAAUUCUAACAAAAAUAAAAAUAAAAUAAAAAAAAGUAUUGCUAA